AUGCAGCAACAGAACGGUGAGGUCAAGAAGUUGUUCGAAGAGAAAAGUAUUACGGAGAUUAAAGACUAUUUAUUGGAUGUUAAUCGUGAAUUGGUUCAAGUGGAUGAAAAUUUCACUGCUAAAUUAAAACUUCACUAUCCAGACAUCUUACAAGUCACGGAGGAUGUCGCUGGGUUGUAUGGUUUGUUGAAAGAUGUCGAUACGGAAUUUAGAGAUCUCUGUUUCAAUGAUGACAAGUAUCAGAUCAAAAAACUGCCCGAAUUUGCCAGCGAUCAUUCUUCUAAACAGGUGAAUACCAAUGUCUCCUUAUCUGACCAUACUCGAACUAGCACUGAGUCUAUACUUGCUAUUUCCAACUGGUUACUCUCUAUUUCAAAUUUUUUUAAUAUGGCAUCACUUAAAUCUUUUGAUGAUAUGAUGGUCAAUUUCCAGAAUUUACGCAAUUGUCACAUCCCAACGGAUUUUCAAGAUUUGAUCAAUUCCAAGAUUAUCUCCUUCCAAGAAGAACUUUUCCAAUCAUUGCAAUCUUCCAAGAUUCACUUCACUUUAACACAACGGAUAAAACUGUUUAACCUUUUCCAAGAUUCGAAAUCUUACAAUUGGAAUGCGCAGUUAUGUUCAGAUUAUCAGCAGUUACUUUACGCGACAAUUUUUAAUGAAUAUAACGAUAUCGAAUCCAAUCUAUUUGAAUCUACUGAUCCGCUAGUAAGGGAAUUUAUUCAUCUACCAGAUUUCAAUACGAAAUUGAUUGAAAAGAUCAGAAACGAUAUCGAUUUGAAAUUGAACCAAUUGGAAAAAAUCAUACAAGGUGAACUUGCCGAGCAACCUGGAGAAACUGAUGAUUCUGAUAUCGGAACCACCAUUCAUACGGCAAAACUAAAUUCUAUGGGUCUUGUCAAUUGGAAGGACAUUACGGUAUAUAAAAUCAUUCAACCAAUAAUCCCAAUGAUUUUAAAAUUACAAAAAUUUGGCUGUGAUGCAUCGAUCAUAAACGAAAUUAAAACUAAAUUGACUGAAAUUAUAAAGCACGAUCUAAACGAUCUGGAAGUCUCCAUGAAGAAGAUCAGUGUUGUGCCACCAAAGGCAGAUGCCUUGCCAUCUUCAGAUAUAUCUGUUCCAGGCAUUGAACCGACUGUGGAGCCAACCGAAGAACAACCUGACCGGGAUACCAUACCAACUGAAGAGCAAUCUGAAGAGGACAUCACAGCAACUGAAGAUAAAUCUCACCCGCAGCCUCAACCAGUCUCAAUGAAUGAACUAGUCGACUCCAUUGUGCAAAACUACAACAAAACUAACCUAAUACACCUGCUGCAUGAACAAAUUGCUUCGUUAGCUGAGAUUAAUGCGUCUCCAGCAAGGUGA